AGUUCUCGGCGUGUUGUGCUUCAGGUUUGACCUGUGGGCGAUUGGCUUCGUGUUCACACGGAUGGCCACUCUGACCCUAAUGUUCCUGGCUGUCGGGUUUGGUUUAGCUCGCACCGAGAACCAGGGCCUGGACUUGGAGAUGGGAAACUUCAACACUUUACUGAUUAGGAUGACCGUUCUACUGCUGGUGUGUUUGACCCAGUCUUGGCUUCUAUGGAAGUUCAUCCGCUUCCAGCUCAGGCGCUGGAGGGAAUUCAGACACGAACAGGCCGUCCGCAAGAAGGCAGCGCCCAAACAGCCCCUACGGACACUUAAGAGAGACUCGCUCGGUCACCACGAAAAUGGAGUCCUUAAAGCUGAGAACGGAGCCUCUCCUCGGACUAAAAAACUCAAAUCACCCUAAGAGGAUGCACAGACUGACCUGAACCAAGUGGCCUUAACCGAGACUAAGAUGUGUCAACAGCCUAA